CAUGCAACCAUUUUUCAUAACCAUGUGAUCUUUUGAAGAGUGUCACUUCUUGUUUCGAUCAGGAAACUGUGGCGUGACAAACUGACAUUGCAUGCAGAAUUGGUUGAUGAGAAGUGUCACUUUAGCCAAAUUGAGUUAUUUUGUCACAUUUUUAAUAUUGAUCAGUUUUUGAAUUACUAGUUUUCCGACCGAUGGCAUCUCACAUCACCAUCUUCUUGAUCUGGUGUUGGGCCCUGGGGAGAAUAUCUGAGACUUUACAGUCAGAGGGCUUCGGCCAUGAGGAUGCUGGCAUUGUCUCUCAGCCUAAGUAUCCUACAAGUCUUCCAAUUCUGYAGUUUCCAAAGCCUUUGGUAGGCCUGGUGAGAAGGAAAAGGGAUUGGGUCAUUCCUCCCAUCAACUUCCCAGAGAACGACAGAGGCCCUUUCCCCAAGAAUAUGGUGCAGAUAAGGUCCAACAAUGAUAAAGAGGUGAAGAUACUGUACGGCAUCACUGGUCCUGGAGCAGAUCAACCCUCUGUGGGACUGUUCUUUGUAGACAAAAACUCUGGGACUCUCUAUGUGACCCAGCCUUUGGACAGAGAGAGAAAAGACCAAUAUGUGCUUUUGGCUCAUGCUGUUGCAGUUGGUGCGGGUACAGCAGAAGACCCCAUGGAGAUUAUUGUUAAAGUAAUUGAUAUGAAUGACAACAAGCCGGUUUUCACCCAAGAUCCUUUUAUAGGGACUGUCCCUGAAGCAUCCCUACCAGGCUUUGAGGUGAUGCAGGUCACAGCCACCGAUGCAGAUGAGCCUGGCUCAGCCAAUUCUGAUGUCAGAUACACUAUUAUAAAUCAGGAACCUGAACUGCCGAGUCGCAACAUGUUUGUCAUCAACCCUGAUCACAGGAAAACGGUGUCUGUACCAGAGAAUAACGUGAAUGCCCCCUGGUGGUCCAAAAUGCCAGUAGUGAUGGAGAGUGAGCCACAUCCUUACCCAACUGCCGUACCACAACCCCUUGACUUUGAAAAGGACAAUCGCUACACCCUGUUGGUGGACUGUGGAGAAUGA